CUCCGCUAAUUUACUACAGCCAGCCAUUGUUCGCAACGUGUGGUCGACUGCCCCUCCACGCGCUCUACCAACUAGCCAUCUAUAUACGCGUCUAACUGCACGUCCUCGCGUUGUCUAUGAUUUUUGGUGCAAAAUAUUUUCAAAAUGGCCUCCAGUGAGACAAAGCGAGGUGCCUUCAUUGUGCUUGAGGGCCUCGACCGAAGUGGCAAGACGACGCAGGUGCAGAAGCUUGAGCAGCGCUUCCAAAGCCAGGGCAAGAAAGUCGUAGCUAUGCGUUUCCCCGAUCGCACCACGACGAUUGGGCAAAUGAUUGAUGCCUACUUAAAGAGCAAUGUCGGCAUGGAAGACCACGUCAUUCACUUAUUGUUCAGUGCCAACCGCUGGGAGGCGGCAACCAAGAUCAAAGAGACCCUCGAGUCUGGCACGUCUAUAAUAUGCGACCGCUACUACCACUCUGGUGCAGUAUACUCUACGGCUAAACAGAAUCCAUCCCUACCACUGUCCUGGGCCCGCGCUCCAGACACUGGCCUGCCUCGGCCGGACGUUGUGUUGUUCCUCGACCUGUCCGAGGAAGAGGCGAAACGCCGCGGAGGCUGGGGUGAUGAAAAGUACGAAAAGGCAGAGAUGCAGCGCAACGUGCGCUCUCUGUUCACAGGGCUCAAGAAUGGUACGGAUCAUGGCUGGAAAGAGGGCGACAGUGAUGGCUUAAUAGUGAUUGAUGCGGGGGGCAGCGUCGAUGAUGUGGCUGAGCAGAUUUGGGGAGCCGUCGAGGGCAAGCUUGAGAGCGUGCCACAGGAUAUUAAAACACUAUCUUAGAUGACUUAUGACCCUUUAAUGACAAAUAAAUGCGUAUUAGAUAUAUGCUUGCUUUUUUCAUCUGCGUUGGACAAUGAUGAGCGUGGGAUAAUCGCCGAUGACGGUUCAACCCGAUGAGUCGUUGGCCGGCGCGCCACCAACACCAUUCUGCAUCCAGCACUCUAGCUGGACCACAGUGAAUCAACAUCACAGUUAAUAAAAAGGACAAUUCCUAUCUCAAGAUCCACGGCCAUGCCCGUCUCGCGACCAAUCGCCAACUCCGCCGAGAGAUUCAGGCUUUAAUCGACGAGGAGCUCAAGUCUGGUAAAAUCAAAGUACCCUUAGUCCUAGAUGUCAUGUUUGUCAAAGACGUCGGCGUUUUCCUACUUGCAUGAGCUUCCCAUAUAAACCAGGAAGUCUCGAGCGCCUCGAACUGAUACACGUCAAUGUUCGAAUCGUCAGACAGGGAACAGCUAUACAACGUACAUGUAUGACUUUGGCUAUUGGAACGCCGGAAGCUAUGAUCUUUCCAUGGUAGACUUUAAAGCGGCUCAAGCAUGGGCCGUCAAAGAAAACGAUGUCUAUUUGAAGAAUGGACUGCGGAUACUGAAGACAAGGCUCAGGAGGGGAUGGGGCAGAUAUAUCGAGUAGAUGAGAUCUAUUCAAGGUACAGAGAUGUGCGUGUGCAUCCGUUCGAGGUUAUAGUCAACUGGCACAGAAUCAAAUAGGUACGAGGUUGAAAGGACAAUCAAUAGAUUGGUUCAAAAAAUACAGUUGAAUCUACCAUAUGUACGCAACAGCGCCAAUAUAAAAACAAAAAGCCAUUAUCCAAAAAAAAACCUGUCCUAAAGAACCCAAACCUGGUAUCCAAAACGCCGAUUAUACAACCAUUUACCCCGAGGUCCCAGUCUGUAGAGAAACGCCAAUCUUGUAAGUCAUGCCACAUAAAUCAAUUAAACAUCAAAGAGCGCUGCUCGUAUAAGCGUGUCUACGAGGAGGCAGCAACGGCGGCGGCGGUUUCAGCCUCGUCGUCGUGAGCGCUCUCACUUUCCCACAGGUCGAAGCUGUCUCCGGUACCCUCGAUGGGCUGCAAGACAGCAGCCUUGGAAGAAUAGUCGGUGGGCUUGGCCAUGAGAAAGUCGAUCUCGUCUUCAUCCUGGUCAGGAAGGGGAGCGGCAGCAGCGCUCUUGAUGAUAGGAGCAAACUCAAAGUCGUUGAUAAUGGGCGUCUCGGCCUCUUCCUCGUCAUCAGCGGGGACGUAGAUGACAGAGCUGGCGUCAACACCCUCAGGGUAGAAUUCAGCAGCAUCCAUUUCGCCGAGAGCAGUGCGCUGCUUCUCAACAAUCAUGUCGUCAAUGUCUCCAGAGACGCGGCGAGAGGAAGUCUGAGAAACAUCACCGGGGGGAGGGACAUUUUCCUUGUCAAUGCCGUCAUCACGGCUAGAUCGCUGCUCAGCCUCUUCAUCAGAAGAAAUGUCGAGGACGCAGGUGCUGUGCUGAAGAAGGUUGGUCAUCUCCUGCUCGGGAGUGUCCUCAUGGAUAUCAAAGAACCAGUUGACGUUGGAGGAUGAGCUCAGCGAGCUGUCGAGGCUUUGACGAGCCUUGCCCUUGCCCUUCUGGCGGGGAGUGUAGCUGGGGAUAGUGCCCUUGAGAGCAGCAUCGAGAGAGAAAGGAGCAGCGCCGCCGAGGCCAAAGGCAGGGGGGUCAAUUCGGGUGAACGGUCCGGAUGCGCGUCGACGGUUUCCAAGGAGACCAGAGCGCUUUCCAUGCGUAGGCGAACGACCAGCCGGCGCAACAAUUGGCGACGACUUGGCUACGGAAGAUGUGUUGAGCUUGUUGAUGGGAGACUUGGGCUGCAGAGUGCGACGAGGUGAGGCAGUAGGCUUGGUAGGGCUAGAGAGAGACAAGACCUCGGGAAGAGGUGUAGCAGCAGCGCGCUUCAGGAUAAAGUUGGCGGGCUUGACGUAUUCGGCGUUGCUGCCCUUGGAGCGCUUGGUGAAGGCAACAGGAUCGACAUUCUCAGAGUUGUCAAUGUCGAGGAGAUCAGCCUUGCGUUUGCCAGCGGAUGGUGGCGAAGCAGCUGCGUAAAGAUGUUAGUAUAAGAGCUGGAAUAGUAGUCGUAAAAGCAGCAGCAGCAACACUAUACGCGUGCAUCGAAGCUGUACAAGCUUGGAAGAAGCUCUCCCCAAAGCUAUAUGAAGCUUGGGAUAGCUCUUCCAAGCGAACUAUGCACCACUGACAUACCAUUCUGUCUGUUCUUGAUGCUGGUCAAGGUCUGCAAACGAGCUCCAUCCAGAGGAGCAAAGGGCUGGCGGACGGUAGCCAUUGUGAAGGAGAGAUUAGGUACAAGGAGUAAGCCGGGCUGGAUUGAGUGAAGCCUAGCAGAGUGAUUGAGAGUCCGGGAUCUCUCAAGCAACAAGUGCAAGAUUAGGUGUGGAUGAGAUAGUAUCUAGGGAUAGACCGAGCGUGUGUGUGGUGAGUCUCAGUGGACGUUUGUUAUGAUCAAGGUUUGUUGUUGUUGUUUUUGUUGUCUGCCCUUGAAGAUGUUUACGAUUCGCGUUAUUAAGAGAGAGUGAGAGGUCUGGAAGAGAUAUAAGGCGAGUAGUAAGAAGAAGAGGAGAGAGAGGGUGCGGGAGCCAAGGGGAAGAAAAGGCAAGACGAGCCAAGGGCGAGACACGGC